UGAUCCUCUCAGAGCAUGGACGGACUACUCACCGAGAUUAAGACGGUCACACAUGAUCAAAGGGCCUCGUUAUCCCCUGCCACCGACGCUCCUCAGAAGCAUGGCACCGAGAAACAUAAAUCAGAUCCCGAGUUAGUUGUGGACAAGGACCAAGCAUCGCCGCAGCACAUCUUAACGGUCAUCAAGUCAAAACCUGAUCACUUCGAACUCUCCCGUGUUCUUGCGACACUGGACCCAUCCAGCAAGCAUUCGAACCCCUCAGGCUUUGAUAUCAGAAUCCCCAGCCCGACAACAGCGCAAAUCCUCAAUGCCUUAGUCAGCAUCACGAUUCCUGAUCACUGGGAGUCCUUGAAUCCUAUUGCGAAAGGAUCGAAGUCGAGUGGCGUGAAGACAAGGGCUGCAUUGCUGCGAUGUCUUAGUAGCGUUGCUGGGAUCAGCUGCUUGGUCACUCAACUCCGUUCGCUGAUAGCUGCCGCUCGAUCAUCCAAGGCUUCAGAGCGUCCCAUUCAAACCAGAGAUCUGUUAUCGGUGAUCUCUGCACUUCUGGAACCAAGGGAUUUUGCAUUGCGCCUGUAUACUGACAUUGACUCGUUGUAUGGGAAUGCAACUCAGAAGCAGAUCGCUUGGAGAGAGCUGCUGUCUCUGAUUGCUGCUAGCAGGGUCCUCUCCACUGCAGCUGAGGCGCUUACUCUGGUUAGCGGCGUUGAUGGUGUGGCUUCGAGCUCAUGGGUCGGAGACGGAUCUAAAUAUGCAUCCUGGAUUGGCCUCAAUGUUACCUACAUGGUCUCGAGGAUAGAUCCAGAUAAAGAGGGGUAUUGGAAGGCAGCAGCAUCUCUGACCGGACGGGCGUUGAGCCUUGGGUAUACAGACAAGCUGGUGCGAGAAUUAUAUUAUGGGCUGUUGGUCCAACAGGACUUUGCCGCGCAGUAUGGCAUCCUGUUUGGUCAUCUUCGUCCAACAGAGCAGCUCUCAGUUGUAGAAGCUAUCUUCCGCGACAUUGAAAAGAGUUAUUUCACAUUCGAAAGAGAGAAUGCUUCUAACGACUUGGUGAAUGGCGUGGCUGCCCUAUGUUCGAUAAUCCUAGAUGGACAUGCAAAUCUGCAAGCUCAGCUUGUGGAUUGGUUGUCAAAAGGCCAGGGAGGCUCAAUUCAAACGUCUGGACUACGGCGAGCCGUGUUAGCUGCAUUUGCUGACCAAAAAGACUUGAUAUAUACCUUGCUCACAAAAGGCCUGGAGCAAUCUGCUGAUAAAUUUUACAUAAAGCAUGCUCCCACCACUAGUCAAGAAGCAAACACCCAGAUCAUACUCCUCGCAGCUGGGCAUCUCCAACAGCUUGACCCAGACGAAGUGAAAAGCAUAGGACGCUCAGGUACUUUCCUCGGCAGUGUCUCCAACCGUCUUGCGGCUUCUUCUACAAGGUGUCGAUUUCUAGGUAUGAUUAUCGGAACGGCAAUCUCCCAGCUUGUUGAAGAGCCAGGGAAAGCAAUGAGAUUUGAUCUUGAGGAAAUGGAAAGCGAUGAGGCGCGAUGGUACCUGAACCUCAUCAAGACCCAAGACACCAUUGGCUCGCUGGAAUCGAUUCGAUCACCUCGAGAAAGUAGAUCGGAAUCGCAAAAGCAUACAACCAAGAAUGCAUCUACGACGAGCGCAAAACAAGCCAAUCAGCAGCGGGUAAAAAUCAUGUCGAUAGAAGAAAUCGGCGAGUCCGGAGAUGAAGAGUCUGAGGACGAGGACGACGACUUGAUUCCCUACGAGAAACCUGACGAAGACCCUUCAGACUCUGACGAUGAUCCAACGCUGAUUCAGCGGAAUAAGCCGACAGCGCCAGUGUAUAUUCGCGACCUUAUAACCUACCUCCGAGAUGCCGACAACGUGGAACGCUACGAGCUGGCCAUCACCACCGCACCCUCGCUCAUUCGACGAAAGACCGGUUUCGGCACCGAGCUUGCAGAGCAAACGGAAGAGCUCGCUCUCAUUAUCGUCGGCCUGCAGGAGCCGAGCAAGAUGCCCAAGUUCCACGAAUACCGGCUCCAGAGCAUGAUCGCGUUGAUCGUCUCGCAACCUCUGAAACUCGGUCGGUGGUUCUCGGCCAUCUUCUUCGACGGCGACCUGUCUCAAAUCCAACGCUCCGCCAUCCUCACAGCCCUCGGUCUCGCUGCUCGUGAACUCGCCGGCAAUGGCGAAGAAGACGCCCGAACCAUCGGUCUCCCAGCCCUCCCAGACUCCUCGUUCCCAUCGAAGAAACUCCCCGCCGCCUUGGAAGCACUGUACAAGAGCGAUACCGACUCUCCCAUCACAACUCUCACGCAGAAACUAUCUCAAGCCUCCCUGCAGCCUCUCGCAGCCACCGCCGCAGACGCAGCCUCGGGUCCGGACGCGCUCAAAGUACGAACCUUCUCCUCGCGAAUGGAGGUCGAAAAGAAGCGUCAGCAACGAGAAUCUCAGCGCCAAAAAUCAACCAUCAAAGACCUCCACAAAGUACUUUCCGAUGGCUUCUUCUACCCGCUCAAAGGCCGCUUCGAAGUCAUGAUGAUGCAGUUCUCAUCAUCCUCCUCCCCAUCCCACAACCCCUUCCUCAUCCCUCACCUCCUCUCCCUCUUCAUCCAAACCCUCACUCUCCUCCUCUCCACCAUGGGCCCUCACUCCCCCUCCCUCCCUACCCUUACUCACGAAACCACCUCCUUCCUUCUAAGCCUCCACACCCGCCCCGUCUCCGACGAACCCACCAUCCUGACCGCCCUGCUCUCGCUCUUCCUCGCCCUCAUCGACCUAAACGUCGAGUCCGGGACCUCCGGCGAAGAGCGCCUCGUCACCGACUUCGCGUCCCAGGUCAUCGAGCUGCGCGAUUGGGCCGGGCAGAUCUUUGAUCGUGUCUCGGCGACGGGUGGGGGGUCUGGCGACGAGGUUCGGGAUCGUGUGAGGACGUUGGCGGCGGGGGUUAUGGUUAAGCUUGGGGAGGUUAUGGAGAGGUAUCAGGGGCGGUUGAUGGGGGUGAAUUCGGGGUUUAGGUAUUAG